ACUUGUCAAACAUUGUACCAUAUUCCUCAUUUCCAAAGCCCCUCCCGAACUUGCACAUUGAACACCUGUUGUCCACAUAUGAACUUUUCCCCAAACCACUAGAAAGUGACAGAGGUGACUUACAAAAGUAAUUCACAUUUUUAAGCUUAAUUUUGACUAUUUCAAAAUGUCUAACAAACUUUUGGUAAAGAAUGCGAAACAGGUGGUUUUAAGUUGCAACAACGGUGAGAAGUUCCUGACGAAGGAAGGGAUGUGGCUACUAGUUAAUGUUUGUUACAAUUUGGUUUGAACGAGUUGACUACAGAUUGCCCUAACGUGCUGUGAAAGCAAAACUACAUUUUGGCUAAACCAAAUGUUAUUCCACCGCAAACUAUUGAUUAAAAGAGCUGUGUAUUGUUCGUGCAGCGACGGCCUGAUAAAGGAUAUUGGACCAGCGAGCACCAUUGAUAUCCAAUAUGCAGGGUGCUCGUUUGAUGAAGUAAUCGAUGCAACUGGCAUGUGUCAUUCCAGGCAAGUAUCUGUGCAAUACACCACCCUGGACAAUAGGGGGCGGUAGAUCUAGGCGUGCACGAAGGUGUAAACAUGGUUUGUGCUAUCUGGGAUCCUUAACCAUAGCCCUUUCCCAAUGCUAAACUUAACCCGUACCAUUUUAAAUGUACAUUGCAAUGGUGUGGGACGUCCCAAGGAUCCCGGAUAGCAAGGGCCAUGUAAACAUGCAACCUUGGCCACGUUUAUUUGUCGAACGGUGCAGAUAGAAAUGCCAUGAAUAGGGCUGAUGUUAUUCCUUAUUCUACAUGUCACAGCAUAGGAGGUGGGUGGCACAUUAAUUGGGGAGGACGGGCUCGUGGUAAUGGCUGGAGUGGAAUCAGUGGAAUGGUAUCAAAUACAUGGUUAUGAGCCGUUCUCCCCUCUGCAGCCUCCUGUGUGUCAGAGAGCCAUGUUUGGCCUACCUGGCAUAUUUUAAUGUUGCAAAAUGUUUGGUCCUGCCGAAUGCUCCCCUGUUCUAUUGAGACAAAUAUUUGAAUCAUUGGUUUGGUGUUCUAUCAUGUAGAGAAUUAGGUUUUGUAGAAAUACAGCCGUGCUCUGUGUAUUAUUACGUUUCAGGACUGGUUGCUGCACACACCCACCCCGUAUGGGCUGGAGACAGGGUGCAUGAAUUUGCCGUGAAGAUAAAUAUGACUUCCAUAGGUCCUGUCCCCUCUUCCUCAACGGCUUGUAAUGCGACUCACCUUUUAGAGUAAAAGUAAAGGUUUAUAUGGCAUUUACACAAGCAGCCCAAUUCUGAUAUUUUUCCCACAAAUUGGUCUUUUGACCAAUCGCAUCAGAUUAUUUCACACGAGAUCUGUUUUAAAGACCAAGUAGUGAAAAAAGAUCAGAAUUGGGCUGCCUGUCAAAAUGCAGCCUAGGUAAUGCUGUGUGUGGCGACAGUUGGCUGGUGCCACUUACAUGGAUGUGCACCGUGCCGGAGGAGAGAUCCACUUCACAGUGGAACACACCCGGGCUGCUCUUGCCUCCACCCUGUACAAACAUCGUUCUUUACUGCUAGGCAGGACACUAGUGAUACGGGCCAUAAACUUUUAUUUCUCCCUUAAGGUGACCUGACCUCAACCCCCCCCCCUCCACCACUAAUCCAUGGCCCUCUCCCCUUAUCAAUGCCUGCCUUAUGUAAUCGCUUCCCUGCACUCAACACAUUCCAAGCUUAGUUGCACCCACUAUUUACCUUCCUCCUAUAUCCCUUAACUUCUGGUGUCGACCCUCUAAACCUCUGCACUCCCUCAGUGACAUGAAUAAUUAUAUUUCCUAUUCUCAGAACCCAACAUGUCCAUCUCACUUAACCAUUCCUGCAUUGUGUGUGUGUUUUCUCUCUGGUGGGGUAGAGCUCGACCUAGAGCUUGACCUGGAGGAUGUGACAGAUAAUGGCAUUGCUGCCAUGGCGACAGCUAAGACCACCGCCGUCCUGCUCCCAACCACCGCUUGCAUCCUGCGGUUACCCCAGCCGCGGGCCCGAGACAUGCUGGAGGCUGGGGUCAUUGUUGCCCUGAGGAGUGACUUCAACCCUAAUGCCUACUGUUGCUCUAUGCCGGUGGUGAUGCACCUGGCGUGUGUCAACCUGAGGAUGUCCAUGCCCGAGUCUUUGGCCGCCCUCACCAUCAACGCAGCCUACGUCCUGGGCCGCUCUCACGCGCACGGCUCCCUGGAGGUCAACAAACAUGGCGACCUGCUGGUCCUCAUCGCACCACGGUAAAGUUGCUGUCAAUAAAUGCUACUAUAUUGUAAGAGCUGGCUUCAUUUACUGGUCAGACACCACAGUGUAUGUUCCAGUGGACCGUUAACCUUCAGCAGCAGCUAGAUGACUUAUCUUGUAAUUGUGGUGAGGACUGUGUAUGGCGUUGUCAUUGCUAAAUGACUUAAAUGUAAUGUCUAAAAUGCAGUAGCUGUGUGAAUGGAACCGAUUGGUUUGUGUGAGUGAGACUGCCUAAGGUUGUGUUGAUUGUGUGAGUGAGACUACCUAAAGUUGUGUUGAUUGUCUGUGUGUGGGUGACACGUUAGUGUAGACUGACAGUGUUGUGUUAUCCAAAACCAAUUUUGAGGUUGGAAGUCCAUGUUGUUGUCCGGUGGUUGGGAGCAUCUCAUCUACCAGUUAGGAGGACACCAGGAACUGAUCCGCUACGUUGUCAUCAGGGGCAACGUCGUCUACAACAACGACAAAACCAUGGACUUCCAACUCCAAAAUUGGUUUUGGAUAAUUGUUCUUCCCCCAGACAUAGUCUCACACGGCCCGUGGCCUUGUGGACAUGGCUCACAGACAAGGAUUUGUAAAUAGACAAGUUAAUAUCAACCAGAUAUUCUAUGUCUUGGUCAGUGGGUUAUGUGGUAACAUUUGAGUAUGGGCUUUGAACCAUUGGAGAAACAAUCUCCAAAUGACUGUGGAGUUGGGUAGGGUUCAUAUCCAGUAAGUGUUUGUUAUAAAGAACACAAUUAAAUGUUUUUCUUAUCAUAAACAAGUCUCCAUUCUUGAGCUGUCAUUUUUUUGCCCUGUUUUAGGUUGGAGACCUUCUGACCCGUUCCUCUCAUUCUUCAGCUCUACACCCCUCCCCUGUUUUAGGUUGGAGACCUUCUGACCCGUUCCUCUCAUUCUUCAGCUCUACACCCCUCCCCUGUUUUAGGUUGGAGACCUUCUGACCCGUUCCUCUCAUUCUUCAGCUCUACACCCCUCCCCUGUUUUAGGUUGGAGACCUUCUGACCCGUUCCUCUCAUUCUUCAGCUCUACACCCCUCCCCUGUUUUAGGUUGGAGACCUUCUGACCCGUUCCUCUCAUUCUUCAGCUCUACACCCCUCCCCUUCAUGUUUCAUUGCUGAGGUUGCAAGAGAGUUAGUAAAACAAACACAGGCGAGUUGAGUGAAUCAUUAGUGAGGAAGCUCAGCCUGUAGAACUUGGUACUAUCUGCCAGCUCAACUGAUCAGGCAUACCAGUAGUGUUGCAAGGGGACUGUGCUCAGUAUGAUCCAGUAGUGUUGCAAGGGGACUGUGCUCAGUAUGAUCCAGUAGUGUUGCAAGGGGACUGUGCUCAGUAUGAUCCAGUAUUGUUGCACCAACCAUCUUUGUGUGGCAACCACUCCCCUUGACUCACAGUCCCAAUGGGCAACAAUGAGCCAGCACCAGGGUUUGAACCUACAACCCUGUGCUUAUGGGAUAAGAUCCUUACACCAGAGCCACCGACUUCUUCACAGUCCCCUCUGUAUGUUUGGCAUGGGUAAUUGUUUGAAACGUACAUAAAAGCACAAGAUAUGAGGUUUGGACACAUAACCUCUAGGUAGGACAAGCUCGCGGAGUGGAACUGACCUUCCACAGAUUUGCAUUAUUUUCCAGAUAAUGCAGAGCCACUAGUUGAUUAUCCCUUUUAUUAAACCAGGGCUAUCAUUUGACACAUUUGCUGCUUCAACAUCCACUGAAGUUGCUUACAAGUUUACUAGAUACAGUUUCUAGAUGACGAUAGUUCAUUCCUGUAACAGUUUCUAGAUGACGAUAGUUCACUCCUGUAACAGUUUCUAGAUGACGAUAGUUCACUCCUGUAACAGUUUCUAGAUGACGAUAGUUCACUCCUGUAACAGUUUCUAGAUGACGAUAGUUCACUCCUGUAAGUUUCUAGAUGACGAUGAUAGUUCACUCCUGUAACAGUUUCUAGAUGACGAUGAUAGUUCACUCCUGUAACAGUUUCUAGAUGACGAUGAUAGUUCACUCCUGUAACAGUUUCUAGAUGACGAUGAUAGUUCACUCCUGUAACAGUUUCUAGAUGACGAUGAUAGUUCACUCCUGUAACAGUUUCUAGAUGACGAUGAUAGUUCACUCCUGUAACAGUUUCUAGAUGACGAUGAUAGUUCACUCCUGUAACAGUUUCUAGAUGACGAUGAUAGUUCACUCCUGUAACAGUUUCUAGAUGACGAUGAUAGUUCACUCCUGUAACAGUUUCUAGAUGACGAUGAUAGUUCACUCCUGUAACAGUUUCUAGAUGACGAUGAUAGUUCACUCCUGUAACAGUUUCUAGAUGACAGUUCAGUACUAGAUGAUGCUUUAGUAAACAGAAUUGGAAUUUGUACUGAAGGAAAGAUUGCCAGCACUUUGACAGAAUAAGCUUAACUUUUAUUGAACACAUCUCAGUAACUGGUUUUACAAUAAUGCAUCCAUACAAUAUAACUAAUCCGUUUAAGGAUUUCUAAGGCAUGAGCAACUAAACCUCUGUCCCUCUACUCUUUUUUUGUGUUCAAGCCAUUCAUUCUAUUCUGGAUGACCGAGGGAUAACCCUACACCCACAUACACACAAUCCACCCCCCCUUCCUCACCCACCCUUAGUCCCACCAUAACUGAACUAGGGCUGGGAUUCAAUCAGAAUGCGAUUCAAUCCCGGCCAAGAACAUUAUAAUGAUAAAGAUGAUCCUCAAAAAAACAUAAAAAUGGCCUUUGUGCACAAAAUGAUACAUGGGUGUGUGAAUAUAAACACUCAAAUAAAAGUCGUUUUGUGGCA